AUGGACGCACGCAGGCGCAACGCGAUCGUCCUGGGGACGAUGACAGCGCUGGCGGCCGUUGCGGUGGCGCUGCGUGGCGCGGAGGGGGCGGGGGCGGGGGCGGUGUCGUGCGGGGACGCGGUGAACGCGCUGAUCCCGUGCGGCACGUUCCUGGUGGGCGCGGGCGCGGCGGUGCCGAGCGACAGCUGCUGCCGGGGCGCGAUGGCGCUGCGCAGGAUGGGGGGCACCGCGGACGCGCGCCGCGCGAUCUGCAGGUGCCUGGAGCAGUCGGGCCCGUCGUUCGGCGUGCUCCCGGAGCGCGCGCGCCUGCUCCCCGCGCGCUGCAACAUCAGCCUCGGCAUCCCCAUCAACACCCACACCGACUGCAACAAGUAA